UUGCGCAAGUCACAGCUUUAUUUUGUUGUCACUGGAGACAAGAGCGAUAAGGAAAUGUGCAAUGGCUGACACCAGACCACCGCCGCGAUUCACAUGUAACGAGGGCCACUGGCUUCCUGGCCUGUGAAACUUGCGAGUUGCGCGUUGUGAAUAUUUUGUUCCAGAACUGUUGGAAGAAAGAGCACAUUCUCCUGUCGUUGUAACACUUGAAAGAAAACUCAAUAAUAGGCCUACGUACGUCACACGCCUUGUGUUUUACUUUAGAUUAUAAAUCAGUGUGCUUCAGCUCAAAUACCAAGCCUCAAAAUGGAAUUAUUCCUUCAAACUAUUGCUGUGGACAACUAGAAAAUCAGCAUGUGAAAUAAAACAGAUCUUCCAACAUACCCGGAUGAAUUCUUGCCAUAUUUAUUUUUCUGAAAAAGGGGAGACAACAAGAAUUUAAGCUGGCGAAAGCCGGCGAAAAGAACUUUAAGAGUCCUGUGGGAUCAGGUGCUGCAGGUGGGUCAGUUCUGAGCGGUGCUACUGCCCGUGGGAUGGAGAGAUAUGAGAAUCUUGGCCUGGUGGGAGAGGGCAGCUAUGGGAUGGUGCUCAAAUGUCGACACAAGGACACAGGACAGUUGGUUGCCAUCAAGAAGUUCUUAGAGUCAGAGGACGACAAAAUGGUGAAGAAGAUAGCCAUGAGAGAGGUCAAAAUGCUCAAGCAAUUGCAACACGACAAUCUGGUGAACUUGAUAGAGACGUUUCGACGGCGGAAACGUUUGUACCUUGUGUUUGAGUUUGUGGACCACACUGUGUUGGACGAAUUGGAAAAGUGUCCAAACGGCCUGGACGAAAACACAUGUCGUAAAAUUCUUUGGCAGGUGCUCAAGGGGACAGAAUUCUGUCAUUCACACAAUAUCAUUCACAGAGAUAUCAAGCCUGAGAAUAUACUAGUAAGCAAAAGUGGUAUCGUAAAGAUCUGUGACUUUGGGUUUGCUCGUACGUUAGCUCAACCAGGGGAGGCGUACACAGACUAUGUGGCCACACGAUGGUACCGUGCACCUGAACUUCUAGUCGGGGACACCAAAUAUGGCAGGGCUGUGGAUAUUUGGGCUGUCGGGUGUCUGCUGUCAGAGAUGUUGACUGGAGAACCACUUUUUCCUGGUGACUCUGACAUUGACCAACUUUAUCACAUAAUUCGAUGCUUUGGCAAUUUAACUCCAAGGCACAAAGAGGUUUUCCAGCGUAACCCUUUGUUUGUGGGUAUGCGACUUCCUGAAGUGAGAGAUAUAGUUGCUUUGGAAAAGAAGUUCACUCGAGUUUCUUCUGAAUCUUUGAACCUUAUGAAGCAAUGUCUGCAGCUAGAUCCUGACAAAAGACCGACGUGCUCAGACCUCUUAAAACAUGAUCUCUUCAUGAAGGAUGGCUUCGGUGCUCGUUUUGCUAUUGAGCUGAGGCAGAAACUGCACCAAGAAAACUUAACAAACCCACUGUUGAAGUCACGGUCAUCCACCAAUAAGAAAGAAGAUAAAGAGAAGGACACAAACAACAGUGAAAACAUACAGCAAAAUAACAAUGACAGUGGAAAAGGAGGAACAAUCAAGAAUAAAAAGAAAGUUGAUUCCAAGGAUUCAAAAGAUGAUUCUAGAAACAGUGACGAGAAAGUCAAGGUGAAGGCUUCAGAAUCCGAGAACAACAACCGGUCAAUGAAGUACUCACCCUCCAAAUCAGUGUCCACAACUCCCCUUGGGAAUUCCAACAGCCAUUCCAUCGUGCUUCCUCCUGCAGGCAAUGGUACAGGCAUUAUGGGCAGUACAAAUAUCUCAGACAAUAACUCACCGGUGGAGGAUCCUCUCACAGAUCGGGACAAUAGAGACAGAGACAAAGAUGUGAAGGAGUUUCUCUCCUCCCCUCAGCAUCCAGUCACCAGUAUUCCUCCUAUCAACAAUUCCCUCAAUCUGCAAGCACGAGUUCCUUUGGUGCUAAACUUUGUGAGCCCCGCAAUGGCAAGGCUGAAAAGUGAAGAUAAGUGGUCACCUCGUAACCCACUUGUCAACGGAAACCGAACUUCUUCUUUCAGAUCCAAUGAUAAAGGGGUGAAAAAGAUAACUGGCUUUCCCAAGAAGACGACUCCAACACCUCAUCACUCCCAUCACAGUACGACCAUAUCACCUCAACCGAUGCUUUCAGAAAAGAGCUCGCUUCAUGACAAGUCACUGGAGAAAAACAAAUACAAAGUCAGUACUUCUGGAGACAGGUCUCAUGAGGAACGGCCAAGUCUGAGUCUUCCUGAAGUUAAAGGAGCAGACGUGAACAACAAGUCUAAGGAGAAACAGCAAGCCCCUCAGAAGAAGUCAAGUGUGUCCAGCAUCCCCCAGAUUGCUAGCCAUGAUCCAUUCUCCUCCAACACUGUACAUAUUGACAGUCAUCAUAUAACAGACAGAGACAAUGUGAAUUCAGGUCUGCCCAAUGUUUAAGACAGUGUCAUUAUUUCCGUUAAAGCAUUACAGAAUAAGUUGAAGUCAGUUUUAUAGCUGUCUCUCAGGUUGUGAAUGGAUUGCAUCCAGGCUAUCCGGCAUUGUCACCUCUGCAGUAUUUUUUACUGUUUGUCGUGCCUGUAGAAGUUUUUCUUUUAUUAAUAUUCCGAACUAACAUUGGGAGAGAAAGAAAGUAACUCACAAGAGAGAGACACACAGAUAUUGGACUUACAAAGACUGAGACAGAUUGGUACGGUUUGACGGUAUCUAUUUCAGAUGGAGAGUAAGAGAGAGAGAGAGAGAGAGAGAGAGAUUGGCUGACAAUAUUUGAUUUGUUUUCUCUCUUAACCCUUUCACAAUCAGAAGCUUACAUGAAACUGUUGGACAGACCCUUAAGUCACAGUGCUGGUAUAUAAGCAAUCAGCUUUCAUAAUUGUCCCUACAUAUGCCGCAUGAAAGGAGAAAAUAAUAGAGAAAGAGACACAUAAUGCCACUGGAUGGGUAGCAAAUAGAAUUCUCUGAAAGAUCAAGAAAUUAAAAUGUUGAAGUCAGACAGCUGUUGAAAGACAACAAAUUCUGUUGGGAUGAUGUUGGCCUGUAAAAGAGUGAUAGCUUCUCAGUGUUUUGUACUUGUGUGCUUUUAUUACCCUUCUAGACACUUACAGGUCAUUUUCAUCCAGCCUUCACAGUGCCGAAGACAAAAAAAA